AUGGAACUGUCCCAGCUCCUCAAUGAGAUCAGGGCAAACUAUGAAAGGCUGCUCACCAGAAAUCAGAUAGAGACGGUGCUCGCAACGAGACUCCAGCUAGAAGAAGAUUUAAGCAAAAAAAUGGACAAAGAUGAAGAAGCUCUAAAAGCAGCCCGAGCAGAACUUAAAGAGGCCCGCCGCCAGUGGCACCAUCUGCAAGUGGAAAUUGAAUCCCUCCAUGCCGUGGAAAGGGGCCUGGAAAAUUCACUGCAAGAGUCUGAGCAACAUUACCAGAUGCAACUUCAAGACCUGGAGGCUGUGAUUGAAGGCCUGGAGAAAGAACUGGCAGAAGUAAGGCAGGGCAUCGAAAAGCAGCUCAGAGAGCAUGAGAUACUACUCAACACGAAGAUGAGGUUAGAACAAGAGAUAGCAACUUAUCGCUGCCUUCUGGAAAAAGAAGAAAUCAGAUAUUAUGGUUCUAUUCAAUCUGGAAAAGAAGAUAUAAAACCCACAACAAGUCGGGUAGGCUUUAUCUUACCUCCAGGUGAUAAAUGCUAUAUCCCUCAAGAAGUAUCUUUUUCAACAGAAGUCAUACAUAAACGGGACAAAGAAAAGGUAGAAACAGUGACCAAACAGGCCAUCCUAAACGGAAGCAUUGUGAAGGAGAGUACCGAAGCUCACGGGACCAUACAGACAGAAAGAGUGGAUGAAGUUAUUAAAGAAUGGGAAGGUUCUUUCUUUAAAGACAACCCACGAUUAAGGAAAAAAUCUGUUUCUCUACGAUUCGAUCUACACUUAGCAGCCACAGAUGAAGGGUGCUUACAGACUAAACAGGAUAAUCUACCAGACAUAGAGGUCAGGCUUAUUAUGCGGAGGUCAUGCAGCAUCCCCUCUAUCAAACCUUCAUCGGGAGCUAAUUAA